UAAGAUUUCCCGAGACUUGUAUUUAUCAAAUUAAUAAUUAAUGGGUCCAAAGGUCAUGCCUUUUCAUAUAGUUUGACAACGCUUAUACACAGAUUCCUCGUAAAAGUUUUAAUAACUGCUGAAACGAUUGGUUUGAAUUCUUAUGAAAAAUGUUUGAUCCAGAAUUGGAAGUUACAUCUGCAUUAGUUUUCACCGUAUAAUGAUGCUACAUCUUUUGGAUGUAUAUGGCAGUUGUUUUGUAAUGUUAUAUAUUCUACAUCAUUAUGGACCAGUCAAAUCUGACAUGUGGGAUGAAAAAGAAACGUACUGUAGCUGUUGGAGAUCAAAAGCAGAAUGUUCGACAAAUAAUAGAUUGGUUCUAGAAAUUUCUAUGGAUAAUUGUUCAUCUUCUUGGUUAUGGGAAAUGAGACGUUCAUCUCAAACAACAGAUUUUCAAUACAAUGUUUACUUUAACGAAUCACGUAUUGAAAACAACAUAGUAACUUGUCACAGGAAAAAGGUUCCAUCUUGUAAGGUAUACUUACCAAAAAAGACUGAGAUAACCAUCACCGUUGCUCCUUUCUGCCGCUUUGUCCGUUGCCGCCCAGUAAAACGCAUUAUAGGUUGCUAUGACGAUGUAUAUUCAAUCAACCAGAAUGAACUGAUAGCUUCACACAAGAAUGAGCAUAGUGACCCAGAUAUAACAAUGAUUGUGAUGAUCGUUUCUGCUGUUUUUUUGGUUGCAGUUCUUUUCGCAAUUUUGAUAAAAAGGCGAGCAGACACAUUAUGCAAAGCAAUGCAAGACAGUAGUUUUAGUGAAAAAUUGGCAUUAAACACGACCACACAAUUUGAUUCGUCAAUACCUUCAGCAAUUGAUCACGAACAUUCUACUAGUGAAACUGGUACAAGCAGUUCUAACAAUUCAUCCCACCAAGCUACCAAUCAUAUUGCACAUCCUAAUCAACUUAUAUACAGUCGUAAUAAUGUCUGUCAACACCGUACGCAAGAUGACAAUUACUAUGAUUCGUCACAAAGACACGAAUAUACUAUUGACCAUCAUAUUUCAAAAUCCGAACAAGAAUUGAUUGACAUAAAUUUCAGUCCAAUCUUAUGACAAUUUCGACUUUUCAUCCAAUAAUAAGAAGGGUAUACAAGUAUGGAGCAUGGAAUACUUUGUUCUUCUUUUUUCAUGGCGUUUAUAGCAAAACAUUUUUUUACACAUACAAGAGUAUGACACAUCUUAAUCUCAUUCGGUUAACUGCUCAGUAUUUGUGAUCGUGUACUCAUCAAUAUCUUCUUUAAUUCAAUUCUGUUUUCAAUUAAACACACUAUCGUAACAAUUUGUUUUUGUAAAAUUGUCUAAACGUGAAUAGGCCAUUGUUUUGAAUUCCACAUAGAUGAUGUUUUUCUUUCGUAUAAUUAUUGACUUCGUAGUAAAAAAAAUUGUGGUAGCAUUAGCAACAAAUGCAGUGUUUGUGAUCUGAUUGUCAAAAGAAUGAAUGCUGAAAAAAUGCUUAUAUUUAAAUUUGACAUUUUUAGUGGGCAGUAAGUUGUAUAAUCCUCCAGGAUGCUUUGUCAGUGUUAAUAAUGAUAAUAACACAUAUGCCAUGAUGCAAGCUUUCUAGACUAUUUUCAUGUUUGUAUAUUGAAAAUGAUUAAAUUGUAACCAAUGAGAAGUGCACAAACCUGCCACAUACUAAGGUUAUCGAGAAAUGUUCAAAAUAUGAUAUCAGAUUAUUGGAAAUCAUAUAUAUGCAUCUUGUACUUUGAGUAUUAAUAUGUUUUAACAAACAACAUUUUGAAAUCCAAAUUAAGUUUUUUGUAUUAUUCAAGGGUUAAAUACAAACUACAUAUUUUCUAUCCUUUGCGUGUAUAUUUCCAAAGUCAAACGCCUGGUUGGCGAUUAUCUGUGGUUGUGUCGUUCAGUUUGUUUGUUCUUUGGGUAGUUUAGUAUUAAAAGAGAAUCUCAAUCUGCAACUUACUAGACGCAGGGCCGAUUUGGAAUUAUUUUGGAUCCUAUUGCGACACGUAUCACUUGUUGACUGAAGCGAUGUCUUUUUGUUGCUGUCUCGUUGGUGUGCAUCUCACAUCCGUUUGUGCUUAUACUGAAAAGUCUAUAAUAUAUAUAUACAAUGUAUAAAAAUAUGAAAUUGUUUACUUCUAUCUUAAUAUAUUACGGUGGGCUGUAUUCUAUAUCAUGAUCGCUUAUAAUAACUAUAAAAAAUGUAAGUAUUGAAAAAAAGUAGUGGAUAACUCUCAUACAAAAGAUACAUUCACUUUGUCUUAGUUUUUUUAUAAUCUGCUAUUUAUAUAUAUUAAAGAUACAUCAAGGGUCUAGACUAGGACUUAUAUGACUGUUUGCAUUAAAGUGAGGUGUUAAAAAUGUUUAUCGCAUUAACCAAGUUACUGGCUAAGUCAUAAUUGAAAGUUUAUAUCCAUUAUAUUAAAGAUUUUAAGAGUAUAGGUCCUUUAUAAUAGAGUUUUUAGAAUAAUAACAUUAAGAUAAAAGCAUAUCUGUGUAUAAGUAUUCCAAAACUCGCUUUCAAUGAAUACAUUGUUUUGAUUAUGGAGUACAGCUUUAUUGUAUCGGUAAUGCGUCAAAAAUCAUAUAUUGACAAAUGGUACAAGUAAAACAAUAAUUGUGAAUGCAAGUGUUGGUACUAUUACGUCUACUAAGUUCAAACUGUUAUGAUAGCUAACUACAUAUAAUAUAAUUAAUUAUGUGAUGAAUGGAAUGAUAUAUACGUGUAUUAAUUAUCUAGCAUCAGAAUAUGGUAUUUUCUCCAAUUUGUUCGAGUUAUUAUAGUAUGCAUUAAAAUCCCCUUCUCAAAAUGUGUUAACUAUUUGAAACCAACUAUGAUAAGAGAACUUUGAGAUUUUAACCUUUUUGUUGAAAUCUCUGUCUUAAA